AUGGAGUUUCAGGAGGCUAUCAUGAAGUUGGUGAUCCACAAAGCCAAAGAAAACGAAUGGGCUUUCCAAACCCCUGACAGAGUGACAGAGAUAAGCAGUCCCAGCCCCAGGCGCAAAUGGAAGCUUUUCCACAGGUCCCCAUCGGCCAUUCCAUCAAAAACUGCAAAGGCCCAAGCUCCAAAAGAGUUCAUUUGCCCCGUCUCUGGUUCCCUAAUGGCUGACCCAGUCAUCGUCUCCUCAGGCCACACCUUCGAGCGUGCCUGCGUCCAAGUCUGCAAAGCCCUCAACUUCACACCCACUCUCGUGGACUCUCCCCCACCCGAUUUCUCCUCUGUAAUCUCCAACCUCGCUCUCAAAUCCGCCAUUCUCAACUGGUGCCGCAAGUCCUCCAUAGACUCUCCCAAGCCCCUCGAUUUCAGCUCCGCCGAUCAGCUCGUCCGUGCGUUCAUGGCGUCCCAGAACCAAACCCAGCCCCAGAAGCUCGUAAUUUCGGAGAACGAGUUGUUGAUCCAAGGCGUCAACGAAACCCCUAAAGUGAAUUUCAAUCACGCGGCCACCGAGGUGACUCGGCGUCCGACUCACUUCCACUCGAGCUCCGACGAAUCGGUCACCGCGCUCGUGUCGACUCCGCCUCUGCCCUUCUCGACGCAGCCGAGUUGCUACUCUUCCCGUUCGUCUUCCUCCUCCGAAAUUGAAACCCUAAACCCGGGCAACAGCAACUCAUCCUCCGGCUCCGUAGAAGACGACGAAAUCUUGAUCAAGCUCAGAAGCCCACACGUGUUCGAAAUCGAGGACGCUCUGGCCUCGCUGAGGAAGAUCACGCGAACCAGAGAGGACACUCGGGCCCGCCUCUGCACCCCUCGGAUGCUCUCCGCCCUGCGACCUCUGAUCGUGUCCAGGUACACCGGCGUUCAGGUGAACUCGGUCGCAGCGUUGGUCAAUUUGUCGUUGGAAAAGUCAAACAAGAUUAAGAUCGUCCGGUCAGGAGUUCUCCCUCCAUUGAUUGAUGUGCUUAAGGCAGGAUCCCCUGAGGCGCAGGAACACGCUUCCGGUGCACUCUUUAGCUUGGCGCUUGAUGACGAUUGUAAGACCGCCAUUGGCGUUUUGGGUGCUUUGCCACCUUUGCUUCACUUACUCCGAUCCGAGAGCGAGCAGACUCGGCAUGACUCGGCACUCGCUUUGUAUCACCUCACACUCGUUCAGAGUAACCGCUCCAAAUUGGUUAAACACGGGUCGGUUCCAAUUCUUUUGAGAAUGGUGAAGUCAGGUCAUAUGACGGGUCGGGUACUACUCACAUUGUGCAACUUGAGUUCUUGUGCGGAGGGGCGGGCAUCGAUGAUGGAUGCGGGUGGGGUGGAAUGUUUGUUGGGUGUCUUGAGAAGAAAUGAGUUUGACUCGAAGGCAACUCAGGAGAGUUGUGUGGCCACAUUGUGUGGGCUGAGUUAUGGUGGUUUGAGGUUUAAGGGGUUGGCCAAGGUGGCCGGGGCGAUUGAGGUGUUAAGAGAGGUGGAGAAAAAGGGAAGCGACCGGGCGAGGGAGAAAGCAAGGAGGAUGUUGGAGAUGAUGAGAGGGAAAGAGAAGGAGGAAGAAGAUGAAGUGGAUUGGGAGGAGUUGCUCGACUCGGGGCUCGGAAGUCGAAAUCGGAGUCAACUCACUGGGGGAUUAGGCGGGUCAAGUGUCAACUCGUCCGAAUUUUGA